UUUGUGUAGCAUACCGACCAAUCGGGUUCGCGAGGGACAGCUUUUUGAAAACGUUGGCGGCCGCGGAAGUUCAAAACAGAAAGACUGGACGUUCUUUGUUGAAACGUUCAUACUACAACUCUUCACUACAAUGCAGAAUAAGGAAAAUUAUGAACCAAGAGGUUUCCAGAGGAUGUUCACGACCCCUAGCACGGUGGCAGGCCCGCAACGUGUUCAGGUGAAGCCACGGGCAGAGAUGGACAGAAAUGCCAUCACAGGCCCAGGGAGGGAGUGUGUUAACUCCUCCAGUUCAGUCUCAAAGAAAGUCUCCAUCGACGACUUUGACAUCGGUCGACCACUGGGGAAGGGCAAAUUUGGCAAUGUCUACCUUGCUAGGGUGAAAAAGCUGCAAGCCAUUGUAGCGCUGAAGGUGUUGUUCAAAUCACAGAUGGAAAAGGAGGGUGUGGAACAUCAACUCAGGAGGGAGAUUGAGAUACAGGCACAUCUCAAGCACCCCAACAUUUUGCGCUUCUACAAUUAUUUUCACGACCGAAAGAGGGUGUUCUUGGUGCUGGAGUACGCUCCCCGUGGUGAAAUGUACAAGGAGCUACAGAGAUGCGGAAGGUUUGAUGACCAGCGUACUGCCACAUACAUGGAGGAAAUAUCCGAUGCGCUGAUGUAUUGCCACGAGAAGAAAGUAAUUCAUCGUGACAUCAAGCCAGAGAAUCUGCUUCUCGGAUAUCGUGGAGAGCUGAAAAUUGCAGAUUUUGGUUGGUCUGUUCAUGCACCUUCUCUCAGGCGUCGUACAAUGUGCGGGACUUUGGACUACCUCCCUCCAGAGAUGAUUGAGGGCCACACUCACAGUGAGAAGGUGGACCUGUGGUGCAUUGGGGUCCUCUGCUAUGAAUGCUUGUUUGGCAACCCACCUUUUGAAACUGCCAGCCAUUCGGAAACCUACAAAAGAAUUAUGAAGGUGGAUCUGAAGUUCCCCAAAGUCGUGUCAGAUGGUGCACGAGACCUGAUCUCCAAGCUGCUCCGCCACAACCCCACCGACCGUCUCUCGCUGCAGAGUGUCAUUGAUCACCCGUGGGUGCGCUCCAACUCCCGCCGAGUCCUGCCCCCCAUCUGCCCAGCCAAGAAAUCCUGAGCCCACCCGGCCUGUCGGCUUACCUCACACUGAGGGGUGUUUUUAUCUGUCCUUCACAACGGACUCUGGGCCAGCAUGUUUGUUUCACUGCCGUGGGCUUCAGACUGCCAUUAUUCUGGCAUAUUUUACGGUGGAUCUAAAUGCAUACCCAUUUCUUUUUUAUAUUGUACAGUGUGAUGUCAUUAUCUAUGUUUGGUAUGUUGCUUAGAGGUAUUUUGUGCUUUUAUUGUCAUUUCUUUUCUGAAUCAUUUUUAAAAUGGGCACAACUAUACUUUCUAUUCCUGUAUCUGAUGGUGUUGACACCGAAUUGCUACUGUUAGACUGAGUAUACGUUCAUAUAGUUUAAGGUGAGAUGUUUGAGGGUUGGAGUGGAAUACAAGUUUUACAAGUUUUAUUUUCACUCAAGAUAUACUUUAAAUUUCGAAUAAAUAUUAUGAAAUGA